ACAACUCCUUACGGCUCUUUUUUGGCGCUAUAUAAACUAGCUGGAGCGGUUACUCUCUCACAUUUUCAAGACUUGAAUGCCAUGGAUUCUCUUUCUCCCUCUGACAUUGGUGCUCUGAUUUCGAAGGCUGCAGCUGAGGGAGACCCUAAACAACUCAGGGAGAUCAGAAAGAAGUUUGAGACAGUCAGAGACUUAAAGCAAAUCUGCGAUGUAUACAGUGACUUCGCUACGGGCCGGAGAGCCUUGCACUACGCGGCUGAAAUGGGAAAUUUGGUGAUUUGCGAAAUCUUGGUUGAGAAGUUCGGAGCCUUUCUUGAUAUCCCGUCUUACAGCGGGGAUACUCCUCUGCUAGAAGCUGCCAAAGGGGAACAUGUUAAAGUUGUGGAAUAUCUGAUCAACCAUAAUGCUCUACAUCAGGUGCCGAAUAAAAAGGGAUUCACAGCGUUGCAUUAUGCAGUUCUAAAAGGGAACAAGCAGCUUAUGGAGAUCUUGCUGGCAAACGGUGCUCCUACGGAGAUAGAUUCUGUGGAUGGAACACCUUUACAAAUUGCAGCAUCUCUUGGAAAUCUCAAGGCUGUGAAGUUGCUGCUGAGAAAUGGGGCGACGCCUAGUUCAGAUACUUCAUCAAUUAUGGGGUCCCCUCUUAUAAGCGCAAUCAAGGCUCGCUCAUUUGAAUGCGUCAAGUGUCUACUUAAGGCUAAGGCUAACCCAGAGAAGUGUUUAUAUGGGUUAACUCCUUUGUCACAUGCAGCAAAAGAACGCGACACAAGAUAUCUGCUGAGUUUGCUUGAUGCUGGAGCAAAGCCUGAUAAUUUUCAUGGUCGCGUUAAAGCAAUUGAGAUUGCUGCUAUCGCUGAAAAUGUCGAAGCUGUUCGGAUUUUGCUUCCACUCACUAAACCUGUUCCAGGCUAUUCAAAAUGGACUGUUGAUGGCAUAAUGAAGCACGUUCGUUCUGCAGCAGGCAAAGCAAAGAGAGAGGCAGACAAAUGCCGUUACUUGAAGAUAGUAAACGAUUUAGGCCAGACUGCAUUGGAUACUCAGGAUUACAAAUCUGCAGUCGACUGGUACAGUGAGGCUACUUAUAUCGAUCCAACCAACCCAAAGUGGCUAUCACUCCGAAGCAUGUGCUAUGCGCGUGUGGGUAAAGGCAUGCUAGCUUUGCACGAUGCUGAGCAGUCCAUUAAACUGAAACCGCAAUCGUGCCCCUGCCCCAAACCUCACUACUCUGUAGGAGAUCAUGGUAUAUCAUGGCAACUGUUCAAGAGGUACCACAUGGCAUCCAUUGCCUUCGUCUUGGAUCCCAAGGAAAAGGAAAACAGAGAAGCAUUUAGGGUUGCUUUGUUUGAAUACUUUUCUUGGCUGUAUCUGACGAGCUGCCCAGCGGAGCUGAUGACGUUUUUCCAGCACUUUAUGUAGAUGAUGAAUCAUGAUGUUGUACAAAUACAUUAGACCAUGAUAUCAAUUGCAAAUAUUCAUUGUUUCCCUUA